AUGUUCUUAGAACAGUUGAUAGAUUUUCUAUUUUUGGCCAUACCAUGGUUGAUAUCAGAAAUUCGUUGCCCGUCAAGACAAAAGCAACGAAAACAACAAGACAGCUGUAAUGACAACAUCAAUGUACCCAAUCCCAGCAAUCCACCCACAGAUCUUGUUAGCCCAGAACAGAACUUCAACUAUAAAGAAUUCCCUGACGCCGCCGAGCCAGAAAACGAAAUCGAAGCGAGAGGGUUACUUUCUGCAGCCAGCACAUCCUCUCUUAACUACAACAGCUUGGCAAAUACUGUCGUGGAAUUUCGCUCUGGUUGCUUUCUGCCUCACAAAUCUGAGCGAGGACCCUUAUUGUCGUCCAUCGCACGAAGUAUUCCCACCAACAUUACAAUAAUACUAUCAGCGAUAGUUAUAAGCGGUAUUGCUGGCUUCUUUGCUUACUUGGAUUUGGAAACAACAGAUAAAUGCAUCGGUAUUGAACCAUAUCUAAAUAACUCUAUUCCAGAAAAAGUUUUAAAGUGGAAAUUAAUCGGUGAAUCGUGUCAAGCAUGGCUACUCAAUUUUUGGUUUCCUGCCACAAUUGCUUUAUUAUUUGGUCGCAAACUGUUCAUUGAAAAGUUCAGGUCUCUAUUGUACAUUGGCUUAAUAAUGGGACAAUUAGUUGUGAUAUACAAGGCGUAUUUAUUUAUGUAUUGUGGCUCUGAUUUUAGAGAUUCCUACUAUAGGUAUCCAGGAAAUGUCAUAUUCUUUCUUGGAGGGAUCCUCGGUUGCAUUGAAAUUGCGCGUGCAACAAAACAAUCAAUAAAAAGGAUUGUGUUAAAAAUUGGACAGAUAUUUAUGUUUUCCUUGAUCAUGUGUUUGUCAUAUCGUAAUUUGAUUGUUCCUUGGUUUAAUGAACAAACAAGUGAUAUUAACAAGGCAAUGAUUGCAUCGAUUCUUCCUCUGUUCGCUCUGAUUCCAGUAGCUGUUGGCAAGUACGUCGUGUUGUGUCAUUGUACUGAUUUCAUACAAGCUGAUGUUUCAUUCGUUUUAAUUUACUUCAACUAUUUGAUUCCUGUCGCUCUGUAUCGGAUCAUGCAAGCUGAACUUACAGACUUAAGAUUAUUCGUGGCUUUUUCUUUGUUACACGGAACGUUUAACAUCAUUGCACAGGUAAGAUUAUAGAUAUUCAUUUUCUGUUAGAUCGAGGUGUUCACAACGACAUAUAAUGCAUGGAAUAUUGGCACAAUAUAUAUGAUCGGCAAAAAGGCCAGCGCUGAAACUAUUGGUUAUUCGGAGUCAGUAUAUAUAUUUCGUUUCCUUAUUCAUUUAAUUUGUUUUUAACAAUGUUUAACAUUUGACCACGCAUGCAGUUUUAGUCUUGAACGUUCAAGGCUCGAAUUAAAAUGCUAAUUGUUAUUUUAUCUUCUUGCAUGGAUUCUGGAAGGAAGAAUGGGAUUUUUUCUUCUAUAUUCCGGACCUCAAAACACAACAAUGAAACAUCAAAGGGAAGAUUGGGAAAGGAAAGUGAUAUUUUUGUUUCUCAGCAUUAAUACAAGAACACAACACGUCGUCAAUAUUUAUUUCGAUUUAAAGUCGGAGGCAUAGCCAUAGGGAAUUUUUAUUUGAUUUUCAGAACCGCUAGGCCAAGAGCUGAAGAGCCUGACUAUGCAUGAUAAAAAGUAUUCGACUGUAGUCUUAAAUGUAAAAGAAUCAAGGCGUUAUUAAACUAAGGAGUCAAAUUACUCCACCUCCAGCCGCAUUGAUAAUAUAUGUUCUAAACUUUUAGUAAUUGGCCCGCAGAAAUGACAGUAUAUUUAAUAACUACGCUACUCUACUAGUGUUCUCUACUAGCAUACAGGGACGUACGUAGCGGGGCAUCUGAAGAUGGGGGGAGGGGUGUCUGAGGAUUUUACCUGAUUUACCUUAUUUUAACUUUAGCAAUACCUUGUAAAUAGGUCAUGCGAAUAAAGUAACUAAUAAAUAUACAGCUCAGUGGAAAAUAUACCUGAAAUUUGAACUUCAAUGAUAAAAAUUUACCUGAAGUUUAAAAAUUAUAAUAGAGCUUUUCCUGAUUGCUUUCCACCGUCAUACUAAGUUUGCGAAGAGAAAAGGGGAGGGGGUAUGGGGGUCCCGGUCCUCCCCAGAAAGUGCUACAUUUUUGAAGCGCUAGGACUGCAUUUCUGGCGUUUUCUAAAGCAAAUUCGCAAACGAAUUGGAUCUAAAUUGACUGUAUUUUACAAAAAUGGUUAUCAUUUCACGAAAAUAACGACUUUAUUACGCAAAUCAACAGAAAGCCAGAACGGCCAUGAACUACAUGCUCAACAUGCAUGCAGAAAAUGCUGCUUCUGUGACCUCAUAUUUUUAAAAUUUUCCCAAAGUCGACACUCUGACUAUCCGCAGAUGUUGAGUUUUUUCCACGACACCGCACACGAGAAAACCAUGGUGAGCUAGCUACCAUGACGCGCAAGCUUUCUCUCGUGUGCGCGCGGCAGGUUUUAGGUAAUAGUUUUAAAUCUAACUAAAUAACUCUAUAAAUUAUAAUUUUAGGCAACCCGUCAUUUUCGUGAAAAGCUAUGGGGUCGUGCACUGAGAAAACUUGAAACUCGUGGUUUUAGACCAGUACCAUAUUGUUCACCUCGAAUCAGAAGAUUACAAGCAGACUUGGAGAUUCAAGACAUGUUGUCUCAAUUUGGAACUCUCAUUUUGAGUCAGGUUUAUAUGAUGCUUUACCGUUUUAGUACUUUUGAUGUUGCUUUAAGCGACGAAAUCAAGAGGAUCUACCCCCGUGUUGUCAUCGGUUUGGCAAUUGAGUUCGUAUUUGCUUGGCUGUCGACCUUUAUUCAAGUUUGGUUGUAUAACAUUGGCAUAAAGACUAUAUGGUUUCGAUACUGGUUACGACAUGUACUGGCCAAUGGAAUAAUCAUGGUUGUAGCUGUAUCAUAUUUCUCUCAAGUUUUGUUGAGUGUUUUCAAAUUUCGUAUGGAAAGUUCGAUUCAUGAUGAGUAUACUCUACGAAACUGCACAAUGCCUUUUACUUACAAGUAA